ACAUAGAGCCGGACAGAGCUGCUUUCUCCCCUUUUCCUCUCGAGGCGCAGAGAGGUGCCAGGACCACGGAUGAGACGCAUGCGCAGCACCAGCCGCCACUGGAGGGGCUGCUGCUUCUGCGGGGCUCGCAGCACUGGCUGCCGCAGCAUCUCUGCGCGGAGGGGCCAAGGCAAGGAAGGGGAGUGCUGCUGCCUCGGCUGGCGAGGCCGGGCAGGCGGCUCCCCGCAGCAGCUGGCCGAGAGGUACGCCGACCUGGCCGCCAGCCACGCAGAGGCGCUGAGGAUCGGGGAGGAGCGUGAGCGCCAGAGCGGGCGGCUGCGGGAUGAGAACGCGCGCCUCAGGCUGGAGAACCGGCGCCUGCGCAGGGAGAACCGCAGCCUCUUCCGCCAGGCUCUGAAGCUGCAGCCCUUCCAAGAACAGGAAGUCAAGCCUGGAGAGGGAGGAGGAGGAGACGGCAGUGGGGAAGACGGGGAGCCAGCAGGCAUCACCACUUCCUCCCAGGAAGGAGAGGAGCUGAUGCAGAGUGGUGCAAAGAGGGCACGAGUCCGAGAUGGAGGCAGAGGGGAGGCGCCUGACAUAGCCUGAUAAAAGCUCCCAGCAGCGGAACAAAGGAGAGUUGGAUCUGACAAGACUUCCUUCGCUCAUCCUCCGCCUCCCCCAUCAGAGAAACUGAUGCUUGAAUCUGGCACCUCCUGGAGGUAGACUGCCUCGGAACUUCAAACGCUUUCCUUUUUUGGCACCUGGUGAGGGGAAGCAGGCUCUGUCACCGAGGGAAGUAUCCUCCCCCCCAUUUGUACCUUUUCCCCCUCGCAGGCAAAACAAAAGCAGCUGGUUGCCUGGUUUCCAGACCCUACACCCCCUUUGUUUACCUGCUGGCAGGAGGAUGUCUUUGCCACCUGCCUUGUCCCAAAAGUGCAUCCCUUGGGAGCCUCUGCUGAUGCAAGAAAGCCGUGAUCAGCAAAGCACCUGCCGUCAACAGCCUCAAAAACGUGGGAUGGCAUAAGGAAGAGUCUUACUUGUCAGUCGUCAGUCAAAAACCGUCUUUGGAAGGCUGGAAUAUUUGCUGAAUUGCUGGCCUUCAAACACAUUGCCUCUGGGUUCACCAAUCUUUUAAAGGCUCUUUCAAAAAUAAAUUUGUGAUGCACUGGA